AUGGAUGUGGUCGAUUGGAACGAUGUCCCUGAGGUUGAAGAGGAUUCCGAUGGUGAAGAUGUAAGAGAGCAAAAUCAGUAUAACAUCGAGGGGACAUUAAUUGAGUUUGAAGAUGAACCUUCUAUUAUGCAUAAUGUGUAUCCCGAAAGUGAAAGUGAUGAAGAUGAAGCUGUCAGAACAAGGAGACGACAUAACACCAUCAGAAGAGGUGAUGGAAGGUUGUACGAAGGACAAAUUUUCAUGAAUGGAAUAGCCUUUAAAGAGGUUGUUCUUGACUACGCACUCAGAACAGCUCGCAACCUCAAGCAGUACAGGUGGCAGGUUAAGGUGUUUGUUUCAAAGCAUUCAUGUGUUCCUAAUGGGUCUUGUGAGAUGUUAAAGGUUCCAGUGAUUGCACGGUUGUUUCUAGAUAAGAUUAGAGAUGAGCCGAAGUACUUUAUGCCUAUGAAGAUUGAAGAAAUUGUUAAGGAGAAAUGGAAGAUCACUGUCUCGAGGCCUCAAUGUCAAGCUGCAAGAAAUAAGGCAUUGAGGUGGAUUGAAAAAGAAUAUGCUGAGCAGUUUUCUCGUCUCAGGGAUUAUGAAGCUGAGAUACUAAUCUCAAACCCGAAUUCUAGUGUGGAAAUUGACACAAUCACGAAUGCUGAAGGAUUAGAUGUGUUCAACAGAUUCUAUGUCUGCUUUGAUAAUCUCAGAAAAUCAUGGAAGGCCACAUGUAGACCACUUAUAGGAAUGGAUGGAUGCUUUAUAAGAGCUAAGAUGAAAGGGCAGUUAUUAGUUGCAAUGGGUCGAGAUGUGGAUAACCGAAUAUAUCCUAUAGCAUGGGCUGUUGUACAAGUGGAAAACAAAGAAAAUUGGUUGUGGUUUGUGCGGAAGAUUAAGGUUGAUUUGGAUCUAGGAGAUGGUGAAGGAUACGUAAUGGUCUCGGAUCGUCACAAGGGAUUGAUAUAUGCUGUUAAUCUUGAGCUGCCAAAUAUCGAGCAUAGAAAAUGUGUUAGACACAUCUAUAUGAACGUGAAGGCUAAGCAUGGAAAGAAGACUCACAUGAAGCCGUUUAUUUGGAACCUUGCAUGGAGCUACAACGAGGCUGAAUUUCAAGAAAACUUAGACAGGUUAAACAACUAUGAUUCGGGUGUCUAUGCGGAUGUGAUGAAGACAGACCCGAGGACUUGGUGUAGGGCUUUCUACAAGCUUGGACCUCACUGUGAAGAUGUCGAGAAUAAUUCUACAGAAUCUUGGAAUGGUUCGAUAGUAAAAGCAAGAGAGAAGGCAUUUGUGCCAAUGCUAGCUACCAUUGCUCGACAGGCAAUGGUGCGUAUCGCUAAGAGAGAUGUCAAAUCUCAUGCCCACAAAGGUUUAUGUACCCCAUACGUGGUUAAUUAUCUUGCAGCUGAAGAGGAAAAAGCUGCUGAUUGCACGGUUCAUAGAAGCACAAACAAUACUUAUCUGGUUGAUCUUAGUGGAUGUGGUUAUCGUGUGAGCUUGCCAAAUAGAACUUGUACUUGCAGAAGGUGGGAGAUUACAGGGAUUCCUUGUGAGCAUGCUUAUGCAGUUUUGAAGAAUAAAAAAAUUGAUGCUGAGCUUUAUGUGAGUCCAUGGUUUCAUACUUCAAUGUGGAGGAAGACAUAUACAGAUGGACUAGUUCCAAUCAGGGGUUCACGUUUUUGGCCAAUUGUUGGUGCUCCACCACUUCAUGAGCCGCCAGAGCCAGCACAACCUGGUCGGAAGAAAGGAAAAGAUGGUGUUAGUAAGCCUGACACAAAAAGAAAGAAAGGAAAAAAUGAGUCUCCUACGAAGAAAAAGCCAGUACUGUUAAAGAGGAUAAUGCAUUGUAAAAUCUGUGGUACAGCUAAUCAUAAUUCUCGAUUCCACAAUAUGAAAAAACAGCCUUUUCUAGGUGAAUCUAGCGAGGUUCAAGCAUCUCAAGGGGAAGCAUCUCAAGGAACUCUCACUCAGAUUUGA